AUCCAACCUUCCUUUUCAUGUCAAAAUGACAGCGACCACGAAGCGCAAGCGUCUCGGCGUGAGUAAAAACCGCAAGAAAGCAUGGAAAAAGCACUGCGACGUCAACGAUGUCGAAGAGUUUCUGGAAGAACAGCGCUUUGAUGAGCGGAUCGGUGGCUCCAUUUCCAGUAAGCCGGACGAAGAGUUGUUCUUCGUGGACAAGCUGCCCGCGACUGCUAAGAGCUCGGCUCCCGCUAGCGCAGCGAGCAAGAAGCUGCGCCGCAACCGCAAGCUGAAAUGCUUCAAAAACCUCGAGUCCAGCUCCAAGGUAAAGGCACCCGUGAAACCGCGCCGCGUGCGGGACCCCGACGCUCGCAAGCCCGCCGAAGUUCGCGAAGCGCAGAGGCAGCGCCUUGCCAAACGUCUCGAACAAGGCGCCGUGGACCGCCUGCGCAGCGUCGCGCGAAAGGCUAAAGUCGUCACGAGCCGGUUCGACUUGACGGGGCUUCGCGACCUCUGGGGCGGUGACGACGAAGACUGCGGAGAACCAUCGUCUGCGCCGGCUGCGACUGGCUCCGUCAACUAUCGCGUGCCGUCGCACCGACAUCAGAAGCCGUCGCUGCUGCCCGCCGUGGAGCCGCCGCACCCGGGGACGUCGUACAACCCGUCGCACGCCGAUCACCAGGACCUUCUGCGGCGAGCGGUGGAGGUCGAGCAGCGGAAGCUGAACGAGGAGCGGCGCCUGGACCGCUGCCUGGCGAUGCCAAACAAGCGGGACUGGCCCACCGAGCAGGAUCGACUUGCCGAGAUGUCUCAGGGACUUUACGACCAGGAGGAAGAGGACGACGACCUGGACAGUGAACAGAAAGCCGUGGACGGCGAAGCGAAAGCCGUCGUCGCUUUGCCAGCGCCGACCGCCGUUCGUAAGACCCGGCAGCAGAGACGUCGCGCCGCGGAGCAGAAGAGGUUACGUCGCGAGGCUAAAGAGCGCAAGCAGGCGCGAGUGUUAGCAAACGACGUGUACCGCAUCCGGACGCUGAAGGCGCAGCUCCGACGCGACGCCGAGUCGUCCGAGGCGCGUCAGAAGCGCCGCCAACAGCGCGAGGUCGACAAGCUGUACAACGCGCGCCGACUGAGCGCUUACAAGUACGAGGAACCGGACUUGCCGCUGAAGCUGUCCAGCGAAUUGCGGGAGUCGUUGCGCGAGCUGCGGCCCGAGGUGAAUGUGCUCGAGGACCGAUACAAGAGCCUGCAGCGCCGAAACGUCAUCGAGACGCGCAAGCAGCAGAAGAAGGUGGUCAAGUAUAAGCCCAAGAAGGCUGUCAAGCGCUCGCACAGGCAGUUUGCCGAGGCCGACGAACAGAGGUGGAAAAAGGAGCUUCAAUAAA